AAUCAGUUUGUCAACUCGGAGCUGAUGGCUUCGGCGUUCUUUGUGUGUAACUGUGACGGAACCGGAGUGACCACCCAGUGCCCGACGGCGUUCGAUCCGUGCAGUAAUAUGACGGUGCCGUUGGUGUUCACCGAUGGAAACUGCGAUCCAGCGGUGGUCACCACGACGACCGAAGAGGAAACCACCACAACGGAGGAAACUACUACUACGACCGAGGAGGAAACUACCACCACGGAGGAGGAAACCACGACGGAGGAGGAGACAACAACCACAGAGGAGGAAACGACGACAGAAGGAUAUAUAAGUACGUCUGCAGAGUUGCGUCGGCGUAGUCUACCUCACCCCUUCAACAUGAAAAGUUCCCACCUCAUAUUUUGCGGUCUGAGCCUCGCGCUUAUCGCAGCCAGCCUUCCCCGUAACGCAGCUCAGUGUCCCACCUGCGUUAGCUGCGUGACCGGUCCUCCCGACUACAUGUGUCCUUCGCCUCCGAACACCUUCGAAGUGUACUUCCCACACGAAAGCUACUGCACCCGAUUCUACAAAUGCGUCAACGGUAAGGCCGUCGAGGGUCGCUGCCCGUCCGGGACGUACUUCAAUCCCCAGCAGAACGUCUGCUGCCCUGACAAGUCACUAUGCUACCGAUCGAAUCCGUGCGUGAUGCCCGUACCCGGCUGUGCCAACUGUGCCAACAAGUUCGUCAACUCAGAGCUGAUGUCUUCGGCGUUCUUUGUGUGCAACUGUGACGGAACCGGAGUGACCACCCAGUGCCCGGCGGCGUUUGAUCUGUGCACGAAUAGCACUGUGCAGUUGGUGUUCGCCAAUGGGAAGUGCGAUCCGCCGGUGUUGAGUACGACGACGACGACGACUGAAGCACCGACCACAACGACGGAGGCAGCGACAACAACAACCGCGGAAGGAACGACCACCACCACCGCCGCAGCGGAAACAACAACUACUACCGCGGAGGAGACAACCACGACGGAAGGAGUGACUCCGUAGAAGGGUGGAUCUUGAUCGAAUUGAAGCAUGAUUAUAUGGGAGUCCUGCGACUGAUAUGUGUAUCUUUUCUGUACAAUUUCAUUAAAAAAAUAAUCGUAACGUGUGAAGAGUUAGAGAUAGCAAAACUUUUAUUUCGGGUUUCACAUGGAAUAGGACUGUUUCUUUUUCAACACCUGGUUCCUUCAUAACACACAAGUUCCUCAAAGCCUGAUGAAACUCUUACAUGAUCAAUGCGUUACUUGGGUUGUGUUUAAACUAUUCAAAACAUCACAAUUCAGCUUAGUUCAUACUUGGUUCUUUAAAUUUGAUAUUUUUGCUUGCUUACUUGAGAUUGAUUGAACAACCAUAAGGGCCAUCCGUAAAUCUAGUGGUUGUCUAGAAAGGGGAGGGGGCUAUCCAAAGACCAGGGACAAAUUUAUGCAAUCGCUCGCCAACAGCAGACCAUUUACUUUUGGACGAUACAUAUUUACAAAUUUUAAAAAUUUUGUAUGAACAAAAGUUUCCAAGGGGAAAAAGGCGUCUGAGAUGGCCAAAAGUGAGUCUACGUAGUUUAGGAUCAGUGCCUAAAGAAUAAAAACCGUCGCAGUAUUUGUGGGGUGUGAACAAAGGAUAGUGUCAUUCCCCUUGCCUGUCAUUACCCUAGCAAGCAAUAGUGACUGCAAGCAUCAUCACGAGGUUGUCAGUAGUUCUGUUCAAAGAAGUAGGUUGAACAUGGUUUAAGUUGCUGCAUCCUGCUCUUACCCAUUCGUCAACAAAUGGGAAAGAACAAGCUGCUGCAAGCUUCGACCAUGUUCAUCUUACAUUGAGGAAUGCAGCUUUGGUGGAGUAAUGCGCUUUAAGGUACACUGGGGCAAGUUGAUACGAGUGGGGCAAUAUGAAAUGCGAUGUUUUGAAAUAGAUUUCAAUACAAUUUGGAAAUUUAUUCUUAGCUAGAAGAUUGUUUGAAUCAAAAACCUUGUCGCAAUCAAAUUGUUUAUCAUCAAUAGAAAACAUCAUGUUAACCCGCUGUUUCAACUUGCCCCGGUGUACCUUAAUCGUGAGGUCCCGUAUAAUGCCAAGUGAUUCUACAGUCGGCUAGGAUGGCGCAAAACCGAUUGUUGCUGUGAGUUACGCAUUAUUCACAGUAUUGAAGUAAACAAAAUUAAAAAAAAAAACAGUAUAACCCACAUAGUGGUGAAAGUGCCUUUCUCGUCGAAUGUGUACUCAUGAUCUUUCCAUCGACGCAAUCAACGGACGAGAAGGGGGAAAUUCUCAUAACAGCGAUCUGAGGCUGUACCACCUACGAAUUUCUGAAUCCUGAGAAUACUUUGUUUGGAAAACCAAUAGUUUUAUCAAUGUCAUCAUCGAAUUAGGGCACUUAUUCCGGCGUUAUGUUCAACGUAUAGGCAGAGCUGAAAAUAUCAGUCCUCUCAGUUGACUGCUUGUAAAGUACAGCUGUGAGGAAAAAGGAAGCCGUACGUUUGAUUAUUUGAUGAGAUCUUUCUAAUUUCUAUUAGAUGUCUUGAUGCUAAAAGUGUGGGACCUCUACUCGAUUCACAGUUUUUCAAUUAUAAUUUGAUUUUCUUAGUAUGGGGAAGGGAUCACAAUAUUUUAUCUCGUUUCAGAGUGCGAGCAAUGGCGCUUAAACCUAGGCUUUCGAGCCAGGGCAUAAGGGGAAAAUCGUAUGGCACUUCCCAGGACGAGGAACCUAGACGUAGUGAAGAUAACUUUCUUAGCAACUUUAGGUGAUUUUCAACCGGAAUACUACUAGUAUACAGAUGUUGG